AUGGGUGCCUCUACCAAGAAGCUGCAGAAACAACGGCAGCCGAGUUUAGCAGAACAAGUACUAAAUAUGUGCGCAUCGUCUUCGAGACAUGUAGAUGAUGAGGUUUCAGAGGAAGCACCACUUCUUCGAAAAGAAGCCAAUAGCUCAGAAGACUCUUACUCAACUUCCGGCUCAUGGAAAAUCAAAAGUCAAAAAGCAAAAUGGAGAUGGUUUGCUCAAAACACCUUUAGGGUUCUGGGCGUCUUAUUGGCAACAGUUAUGAUUGUUGCUGCUUGUCUAUUCUUUACCGUUUUCAUACCUCAGAAGCGAGUUCUACAACAAAGUACAUGCGAUUCUGCAGCAUGCGUUCAUGCUGCUUCCGAGAUUUUAUACAACUUAUCUCCCAAAUAUAAGGAGCUCGACGCAUGCUCGAAUUUCGAGGAAUUGGUCUGCGGAGGGUGGAGAGAUCACCAUGAUUUGAGGCCUGAUCAAGGGGAUGCCUUUACAGGAACGAUCAUGAGUGAAAAUUCACAAACUUUGUUGAGGCAUAUUUUGGAGGGAGAAUAUCCCAAAGAAUCUAGGCACUCGAGCUUCUCUCCUGCCAUGUUACCAAAAUCUCCCGCUUCCCUGGACGAAGAGAAUUUUGACAAGCUAAAAGCAGGCUAUGAUGCAUGCAUGAACGAAACGGAAAUCAAGAGUGUCGGCAUCACCCCUUUGAAAGAGAUAACUCAACAAGUGACGGGUAUUUUUUCGGUGGAAGAUUUUAAACACAUGCUCCUCAAGUCAGAGGACUAUGGUAGCCUUGCAGAUACUAUAGAAUACAUGGCGAAAUUGGGGUCUUCGGCAUUCAUAUCAUCUGGCACAGGACCUGAUGACAAGGAUCCUGACACCGUCGUCAUCCAGGUUUCACCACCAUACAAAAUUGGUCUGCCGUCCAAGGAGUAUUACAAUGACGAAAAGGUAGUGAAGGAUUAUACCCAGACGAUUGCAAAGGUCAUUCCCAAGUUUUUGCCAGAACAUCAAACCUCUACCAAACAUUCAUCAGGUAGUAAUGCUAUACGAGAGAAAGCUACGGACCUUGCAAAUGGUGUAGUUGCCCUGGAGAAGAAGUUAGCAGCUGCCUCUCCAAAUAACGAGGACAGAGAUGACGUCACGAAAUACUACAAUCCAAUGCCACUUGAACAGGCUGAUAAGCUAACACCAGAAAUCCAUCUUUCAAAAAUAAUCCAUAGCUUGGUUCCCGCAGAUGUUCGACUUGACCGAUUAAUUGUUGCAUCACCACAGUACAUGCAUGCAUUAUCUGACAUACUGAACACUACUCCGAAAGAGGUAAUACAGACAUACUUCAUUUGGAAGCUUAUCCAGACGUUCUAUUCCGAGAUCGAAGCUGAUGAGUUAAAACCAUACCGUCAAUUCAUCAAUGAGCUUCAAGGGAAGGAUCCAAAUUCUGAACCUGAACGAUGGCGCACUUGUGUUUCGCAUGUUGAUGAUGGACUCGGCUGGAUUUUGAGUCGAUUCUUCGUUGAAAAGGCUUUCUCUGCUGAGGCCAAGGACUUUGGAGAUCAAAUUGUUUCUGAUAUUAAAGAUAUGUUCAUUGAAAAGCUCAAGGCAACUACUUGGAUGGAUCCGAGUGUCGUUGAUUUAGGUAUUGAAAAAGUGCACAAAAUUGUUCAGAAAAUUGGAUAUCCUUCAAAGAGCCCAGACAUCAUGGAUCCGAGAUCUCUUCAUAACUACUAUGACUCGGUCAAGGUAUCGGAAUCAACUUACUUCAAAAAUUCUCUGGACAUGAGACGAUUUGAAAUUGCCCGUGGAUGGUCAAGCUUGGGAAAACCAGUCGAUAGAGAAGAAUGGGGUAUGACGGUGCCAACGGUUAACGCCUAUUAUAAUCCGCCGGGUAAUGAGAUUGUCUUCCCAGCUGGUAUCAUGCAGUUCCCAGUUUUCGAUGUAGCGGUUCCUCAAUACCUUAGCUACGGUGCUUUCGGGGCUGUUUCCGGACAUGAAUUAUCACACGCAUUUGAUUCUACAGGUCGUCAUUACGAUCAAAAUGGAAACUACACAGAUUGGUGGACACCAUCUACAGUUGCCGCAUUUAAAGAACGCGCCCAAUGCUUCAUUGACCAAUAUGGUAAUUACAGCAUUCCCGGCCCAGACGACAAACCACUUUACGUCAAUGGUAAACUCACGCUAGGUGAAAACAUUGCCGAUGCAGGAGGAUUAUCUGCCUCGUAUGCUGCUUGGAAAAGACGUCAAGGAGAAAGUAAUGAUAAGAACCAAAAUUUACCAGGGUUAUCGGAGCAUUUCUCACAAGAUCAAUUGUUCUUUGUCAGUUAUGCUAAUUGGUGGUGUGGAAAGAGUACCAAAGAAACUGCAAUAAGUCGACUUUAUACAGAUCCACAUGCGCCGAAAUGGGCGAGAGUAUUGGGAACGAUGGCGAAUAGUAGGGAAUUUAAGAAGUCUUUUAGUUGUAAGGAGAAGGAACCAGUUUGUGAGUUGUGGUAG